AUGUCAACGACUCCUGACCCGCCUAUGGUGGGACUGGGCCAGUCCAUGUCAGGCGCCCGAGGUUUGCAAGGUCCGGAACAGACGCGCACCUCGACCACCUUGUCGCCUACUGAUGACUCAAGCAAAGCGGGAGGCGAUCUCGCCCGAGGUCGCUCAAUUGCUGACACUAUCAAUGCUGUUCAUCACUUUGAUGGCCAGAACGAAUUCGCCGCCAAGCCUACCUUUGGUGACGCCCAAAUCGAUCUCCAACAAACGCCAGCGCAAGCGCCCGCGCGAGGCAAUGCGACGCACGGCGCCAAGCGAGAUGGUCGUACUGAAACCAUUGAUUCCCGACACUCUCGCUUUGGGUUGGCAUUUAAGCGGUCCAGCAGCUCACCCGAGCAGCUGUACGGCGUCAAAGCUCGUGCUGCAGAACAAAGUGAUGGAGAACGGGGUCGCGCAGGUUUGGCACGCGAAUCAAGCCUUUCCAGACCUCGACGGGGCUCCGAUCUGCUUGCCGCUCGUACGCAGGCAGAGCAAGACGCUGUACACCCUCCACGAGCGCCUUGGGGCCAAUUGGGUGAUCGGAUGGAUCACAACAAUCCCAGAAGCAUGUUCUCAGACGUGCUUGAGAUUCCUGGAACGAAGACAAACCUGGCGCAGCGAUUCAGGCGAGCAGUGAUAGAGGAUGACCUCCCUCGAGCGAAAGCUCUCGCCCUACGCGCCGUCACCAUAUCGAAGCUCAUGCCUCAGCAGCAGGCAGCCGAUCCUCCCGCUGCAGUCGAUCAAGACGCUUCAUCCGGUCAGCAUGCGAAAGACAACGAGGAGGAGGAGGAUGACGAUGGAGACUCGCGAGCAUCGACGAGGAGGCCUAGCCGAGAGAUACUGCGCUCACAGCUGAAUAUGACCAUGUCAGCAAGCAGGUCAUCUUCGCACCAAGAAGGCGGUGCCGGCACCGCAGGCUCGACCGGAGUGCAACCUGGUCUGUACCACUCGCAGCCGAGAGGCAGCACCGCGACGCUGCAUCCACGAACCGUCGAGCAGAGAAUGAAUCGGGCAUCUGCUGCGGGAGCAAAGAACGGCUCAGGGUAUCACAAAGAGUCGGCCGUGAAAAAAAGGCUUCCAGUGCCAAUCAGAUGGGCAGUAGACUCUUCUCGCUGUACGUAUCGCGUUCCUGCGAAGGAAAGGGCUUUGGUUGCGCAGCGCAAGGCGCUAGCGGAGGCGCCUUCCAGCGGGAGAGGUUCCAAACAAAAGCUAAGCUUUGGCACUGCGCAGCGUUCCGGCGAGGAAAGCCCGCAAAGGACACCUGAGCCUCUCAGCGUGCUCGCACACGAUGUCAACAGCGACACGGCAAUGAUUGCGCUAGGCACUGCAUGCUUCAACAUUCGGAAUCUGGAAAUGUCUCGCAAAUCCAAAGCCGAGCACGCACCUGGUCAGGCUCUCAGUCGGCAGCCUUUGCCAUCAAGCGGCCGCCGUACAAACGAGUACACUAAAGACAUGACUAUGAGAUGUGCGCGACCCGAGCUGGAUGGAAGCGUGAGCAGCCUAGCUCUAGCCGUCAGAUACGGAGCAGGCAAGAGCAUGGUGGAGUGGCUUUUGGAUUGCGGUCACGAGCGAGGAGGCUUCACUAAGGUGGGUGAGAAGCUUUCAGAGUGCUGAAUGGUCUGCCGAUUAGACUGCGCCCGAGUCUAGCGCCUUGCCUGAACCUUCCCUUCGUUUCGCGCUUGGUAGGAUCCACGAGACAGGUCAGUGUUGCACCUAGCAGCCGCCCACAAUCGUCCAGACAUCAUCAAUGCCUGCUGCAUCGCAGCAGUCGCCGAAGCUGCCAGCUCGCACCAUGCUCAGAGCGCUUACGUCUUCCCGCAAAGCAGGUCUCGUGCUAUGCGGAGUGGUAGCGAAGGAACGAAAAGCCUUGGAACCGGAGAGUAUCACGUCAUCAAGGACUCUGCCUCAACACCCGACGACGAUUCGGACAGUGCGCAACGAUCUUUUGCAACGCCAAGCACUUCGCCAACAUUUCCGCACCAACAUCUGCGUAAGCAGCAUGUUGUGGCAAAGUCUGCCGGCUCAAGUCAUCAAAGUGGUCCGGCGCAAUACAGCAGCCCUUCGCUGGGAGACAUGGAGGAUUUGGAGGCGGAAGACGACGACGGUGAAUUCGAAGAUUCACACCGAAUGCCGCUUGGGCUACGAGAGCUGCUCGACUGGCAAGACGAUAUUGGCUGUACAGCGCUUCAAGUGGCUUGUAUAAAGGGCUACGAGCACUGCGCUAGAUUACUUUUGGAUCUGGGCGCGGAUCCGGAUCUAGUCGAUGCGGACGGGAAUUCCCCGUUGCACCACGCGUCCAGCUGGGGCCACCUGAUCGUCGUGCAGUUGCUCAUCGAACGAGGUUGCGUCUUUGCCUCCAAAAACACUUCCGGCUUCACAGCCGGCGACUAUGCGUACAACGAGCAGUGCAAAGAGGCUCUCGAAGCCUUUGGUCGAGCUCAGUACGAGGGACGUAGAAUGGCGAGGAGAAGAGGCGGAGAUAGAUCGGGCGACACUGCUGCGCCUUCCUCACUUGGUCAUGGCGGCGUUUGA